AACGCUACCAUUUUACUAUCUUUAUUUCACACUUUUUUGUUUUACAACCCACCAAAUAAUAUAGAUCACUGUAUAAGCGCAAGAGCAACAGCAGCAGCAGCAGCAGCAUAUUAUUUACAAAAUGGGCAGCGGCGACCUUAACAUGAAAAAGUCGUGGCAUCCGCAGACUCGGGCCAACCAACUGCGGGUUGCUGACGAGAAGCGCAAAGCCGAAGACGAAGCCCGGCGAACCGCAAACAUCUUAAAAGAGCUGCGCGAAGAGCGCCAGCGUGAGGAAAUGGACAUGCUAAAUGCCACAGUGAACAAGAAAGCAAUUAACAAGCUAGAGUGGAUGUACAACGCGCCAGCACACCAGCAGCAGCAGAACCAAGAAGACUUGGAGGCGUAUCUGUUGGGCAAAAAGGACAUGAGCACUAUGCUAAAGCAGAAGGAAGAGGAGAAAGCGGUGCCGGAGGAAAAGUGGAAAAGCGGGCUGUUUGCUUUUUCCAACAGAAACGCUAAUAGCGACAAGGACUCGCUUGCAAAGAGCAUGGAGGACCCGAUGAUGGAAAUCAAACGGCGCGAGCAGGCUGCCAUUCAGGCGAUGCUUGGAAGGCAGAAACAGACAGUGAGCAGGGAUUCUGAAAAGAAGAAAUCGAAGCAAAGCAGUGACGACAAGGAGCGCAAGGAACACAAGAAGAGCAAAAGUGCGCGCAGAUCGCGCUCCAGGGAACGCGAGCUAAAUGAUUUGGAUAGCGGUCGACGUCACAGAGGUUCUCGCGACUCCAAGCAUAAGAGCUCUCGCGACUCCGAGCAUAAGAGCUCUCGCGACUUCGAGCAUAAGAGCUCUCGCGACUUCGAGCAUAAGAGCCACCGUGACUCUGAGCACAAGAGCUCUCUAGACCACCAUAAGCGCAGCCAUCGGUCCGACAAGUCGCGCUCGCAUCGGUCUCGCUCACCAUCCCAUCGAUCACGGCGGUCCCGCUCACCAGCAAGAGAUUGAAUCAUUUUUAUUGUCAAUAAUUCCACAUGAA